CAGGUCCUGGGAGUCCGUGGGGAGGACACCAUGACACCCGGAAGCCGGGACAUGGGACUGUUGACAUUCAAGGAUGUGACUAUAGAAUUCUCUCCGGAGGAAUGGGAAUGCCUGGACCCCCCUCAGCGAAUAUUGUACAGGAAUGUGAUGUUAGAGAACCACAAAAACCUGGUUUUUCUAGGUCUUACUGUCUCUAAGCCAGACCUGAUCAGGUGUUUGGAGCAAAGGAAAGAGCCCUGGGAUGUGAAGAGACACAGCACGUUGGCCAAACCUCCAGGUAGGUGGGAGUGA